AUGGCUGAAUCCACUGGUCACUUACUAAUACCUGGUGACUUCAAUUUACAUGUUGAUGACCCCUGUAGCAUCUGUGCAAACCGCUUUACUGAAAUUCUUGAAUCUUGCAACCUCAAACAGCACGUCACAGGAGCAACUCACGCUAACAGACACACUUUGGAUCUUGUAAUUUCUAAAAAAGAUAAUCCUCUCAUUACUGAAAUCAAGAUUUUCGACCCUGUAAUGUCGGAUCACUGUGCAGUUCAUUGUAACCUGCGUGUACAAGAACCGCACUUCACGAAGAAAAAGGUGUACUAUCGGAAACUGCGUUCUUUGGAUAUUGAAUCCAUUUGUGAAGAUAUCUUGA